GCUGCCGCCGUCGUCGAGUCAGAACUCGGAGCGGCAGCGGUGGCCGCGCGACGGUGGCGGUCGCUCCUGUGUAACGAACGGCACGUGACUGUGACGGGUCACCGGGAAAAGUGACGCAGUGACCGGUGUGACGCGAGGGGCGGUUGAGCGUUCUGCGUCCUAACUGCAACCGUCUGGAGUUGCACGGUGCAAACAUACGCGUGAUUUAGUGCAAGUGUGGUGCACUGCGGUGCAGACGGCAUUACGCCGCUCAUUUUUCAGUGCAAAUUUGUGCCUUAGCGCGUGCCAGCGCAAUUAUCAUUGCCUCUUGUGCCAACUGUGUAUCAGUGACGGGAGACUCGGUUUGACUGCGAUACCUUCAAAGGACAGCAUGGCUACAAAAGUCGAGGAGCAGUCCCGCGACGCGCGCAAGCGGCAGCCCUCGUCACCAGAGGAGGGCGACGAGCCGGCCGCGGUGCCGACGCCCGCGGCCGGGCCGGUCCGACGCCGGGGUGCCAUCUCCGCCGAGCCCGUCACAGAGGAUGACGCCACCAGCUACGUCAAAAAGGUAGUGCCAAAGGACUACAAAACCAUGGAGGCACUCAGCAAGGCGAUCGCCAAGAAUGUACUAUCUUCUCACAUCUGGACGAGAACGAACG